AUGUUUACCUUGGACGACGUUCCUGAUUUGUUUAUCGGUUCAUAUAUAAAGAAGAACAGAAAUGCUACAGAUAAGGAUAUCAUCAACGCAUACGAAGAACAACAAGCAACGAGCAGUUCACGCUUUUCGGUAACAGCCAGCACGGGCUUCAAAGUCCCGUUUCAGCAAGAUGUGGAUUAUUUGGCCAAGCUGGACCAGCGAAUUCAUGUGGUUGCCAAUGGUGGGAAUGAAUUCUACAACUAUUUGGCUAUUGUACAGUCCUCAGGAUAUGGGAAAACUAGAACUGCCCUUGAGCUAGCUAAAACGCGUCCACUUGUAUACAUGUGUUUCUGCAAGGAGGACUCAACUGGAUGCCCACCUGCAACUCUGCAGAGUAAGGAGUUGUUGAAAGAUCUCUGA